CUCGGGGCGAGCCCCCUCCCCUCCUACCACAUGCAACCCGACCUGCAGGUGAGCAGUUCAGCCGCGCCUUGCACGUUUUCUCCUAAAUGUCACCCCGGGAUUUCAGUGAAACUGGAAACAAAGCGUUUCGCUCCAAAAGCAGCCGAGUUGCCUUCAGGAUUUUAGGGAUUAAUAAACGGGACGCGGUCUUGUCGCGUCCGAGGAGCGCGGCUGUCUGGGUGAGGAAAGAGUCGAUGAUCUGAACCGGGAACACUGUGGACCUGAAGAAAGCGACGGAGAGCUGAAUCAUUAUGACAAACAUGAUGGAUUAAUAACAACUUGCCCAUAAAAGCCAUGCAUAAUCAGAGGCUCAUAAACCUGACAUGUGUUCACUUAGUGAGACUGUAACCUGAAGUCCAAUCCUGAGGGAAACCAGGAUGCACAUCACUGCAUCCCAGCUUUUAGGCAAGAUCAAUGUUGGAAGCUGCGGUUGCAACCCUGCUGCUGCAGCCAUGCUGCUCUUCCUGUGUUUUGGCCUCCUUCCCACUGUGGCCACUUGCCCAACCUGUUGCCUUUGUGCCAGUGAUAUCAUUUCCUGCAGUGGCCGCAAUCUGUCCACGAUCCCCUUUGAUCUACCAAGCUAUGCCACUCGACUGGACCUGAGCCACAACGCCCUUAGCACCCUGCGCGUGGACUGGAUUUCCCAACCAUUUGACCGGCUUGCUACAUUAGUUCUCAACAAAAACUCCAUAAGCCAAAUUGAGGUGGCUGCCUUCACUAUGACACCACAUCUCCUUCACUUGGACCUCUCAUCCAACCAGCUGACAGUGCUGAAUUCAUCCAUCUUCAGUGGAUUGAAGGAAUUGAAAGAGCUGCUGCUGAUCGGCAACCAGAUCGCCCACAUAAAACCAGGUGCCUUCAGUGAUCUCAACAACCUGCAGAGGCUUUACCUCUCUGCAAAUAGACUGACUUCCUUCCCCUUGGAGCUUUAUGAGGAGUUCAAAGGGCCUCGUAACUUGACAUUUCUAGACCUGUCACGCAACAGGCUUUCCAAGGUUCCCGUCCAGAGACUGCUAUCUCUCACCAACCUAGGAGGAAUUUAUUUACAGGAAAACCCUUUGGUCUGUGACUGUACAUUGCUCGCCUUGCUGGAGUAUUGGAUAUGGAAACAGUAUCGCCCUCUAGUGGAUUUCAGAAGUGAAUACCCAUGUGGAGAAGCUGCAGGGCUGGAGGUCAACUGUACCCGUCAGGGAAAGUCACAUAUGCCCCUUGAGGCACAGACCUACCAAGCAGAGCCUGGUGAAUGGCUAAGAGUGCCAUGCCCAGGGCUGACAUUACCAGUCCAGGAGGGGAUGGUGAUUUUCUGGGUUACCCCUAGAAUGGCACUGAAUUCAUCCACCAGCGAUUUGAGUGACAAUCUAUCAGUUCUUCCCAAUGGCACCCUUGAAAUACAAGGUGCACUAAUGGAAGACGCUGGUAUGUACGAAUGUGUGGUGGCCCGCAGGCACUACUAUAAACCCAGUGAAUCUCUGGAGGUCAGAGUGAUAGUUGGAAACGUUAGCUCUUCCUCCACCACCGGCUUGGCCCAUCGCAGCAAUACAGAACAUUUCAACACUGCCUUCACCACUCUCGCUUCCUGUGUGGUCAGCAUCAUACUGGUGCUGCUUUAUCUCUACCUCACCCCCUGUCGAUGUCAGGAAGGCAGGGGUGGGGGCGCUCGAGGGUGCGGCGGGCGGGCCAUCAUUCUCUGUUCGGACCCCAGAGACGUAGAGUCGGGACAGAGAAGGUCGAAUGGAAAGAGGGUGGCUUUCUUAGAGCCUCAGGCAGAGGACUCUGAUAUUAGUGCUCCAAAAACACCAGCAAUGAACUCUGAAAAUGCUUCCACUGAGGGAAUACUCAAGAAUGGAAGUAGGACAGUGGGACAGAUCCUGGCAGACCCUGCUCACAUGGCAUAAUGAGAAAAAGGACCCUCUAAACAUUCCUGUAUUCUUACUGCCCAAGUUUGUUUCUUUGUUUUGUUUUAAUGAUACUGUGAAAAAAGUGCAUUUGAUGUGAAGUGGUCCACUGUGAGUCUUGUAAAGUAGCUUUACACUGAGGUUUAGGUGUUUGGUUGAAAGCAGUCUUUUUUGUGGGCAGAAUUUCAAUUAUGUCUCAUCUGUAAGUGCUGUCUGUUUUUCAUUUUCAAAGUUCAUGUGGAAAUGUUGCUUUUACCUCGGGAAAUUGUAACAGCAAGGAUUACAGAGAUCAUAUUACGUGGGUGGGCUUUUUAAAUUGGGCUGAGAGGGAUAUUCACACCUGAUUUGAUAAGCUGUUAGAGGCAUCGGUGGGUUAUUUUACUGUAUCCGACAUGUAUUGUGAAUAUCAUGGUGACCCUUGUUAUUGUUAACCAUCUGUCUCGUACUGUGGAGCAAAACAUGCCAGUCAUGUGAUUUCAGUGAUUUCAACUUAUUUUGCAAGUGAAACUGUCUGUUACACACCUUUUCAAAAUUCUGUGUAAUCCUGUGAAAACCCCCGUAUAAAAAACUAAGAGUACAAACUGUGUUAUGCUGCUGUUGAGUGGACACCUACAAAAUGAUCUCUGCUUAAUCAAUAAAAGACUUAUGCAUUUUUUUUAUUACUAUAAGGAAUAUUGCUCACUCAGUUUGCAUAAAAAGAAAAAUAGAAGACAACCUCUGUUUUUUUUCAUAUUGUGAGAAAGCAUUCUCUGAGAUUUCUUCCUCUGCUUUGACUCCAUUAGAAUUUAUAGUUUGCACUCAGAAAACAUCUACAACCCUAAUUCCAAAAAAGUUGUGUAAAGUGUAAACAAAAUGUCAUGAUUUACAAAUGUCUUCACCCAAUAUGUCUUUCACAAUAAAAGAUAAAUAAUAUCCGAUGUUGAAACAGACAUUUGACAACUUCAAAGAAAAAGUUGCAGUGAUUUCCCGGGGGCAUCAAGAUAACUAGCAUCCAGUAUUAACCUUUGUCCUUGUCCCUCACACUCAGAGAUUCCUUCUAAUUCUCUGAAUCUUUUGAUGUUAUUAGAAAUGGGGCAAUCUUCAAAGUUGAGGAACAUUCUUUCUAAAAUUGUUUCACAAUUUUUAGAUGAAGUUUGGUGAAUGUCUGACCACCUUUAUCUUAGAGGCUCUGCUUCUCUGAAAUGCUCUUUUUAUACACAGUCAUGUUAUUGACCUGCUGCCAGUUAAACCUACUUAGCUGUCAAAUCCUCCCUCUGUUGUUAUUUGUGCCAUUAACUUUUUCAGCCUGUUCCAACCUUUCUGAAAUGUGUUGCUGCCAUCAAAUUCAAAUUGAGAUGGAAAAAUAUCUCAGUCUUAAUAUAUUAUUUAUCUUCU